AUGGUGUUUUCCCGUGUUCUCAUGGCUGCACUCUUUGUGAUUCUAAUUAUCUCAUCUUGCAGUGCUGCAAACUCAAAUCUUUUCAGGGAGUACAUUGGUGCUGAAUCUGACUCGGUUAAGUUAUCAGAUGUUCCUAUCAACUCUAAAGUUGAAGUCCAUUUUAUCCUAGCAUUCGCAAUUGAUUACACUUCAGAUAAUCACCCAUCACCCACCAAUGGCAAAUUCAAUGUUUUCUGGGAAACUAAAAAUUUGGGUCCUUCGGCAAUAGCAUCGGUCAAAGCCAAGAACUCUAAUGUCAAAGUGGCUGUUAGCUUGGGUGGCGAUAGUGUUGUUCAUGAUAAAAAUAAGGUUUUUUUUUCUCCAAAAUCUAUCAACUCAUGGGUCCAAAAUGCAGUUUCUUCAUUAACGAGCAUGAUCAAACAGUACAAUUUGGAUGGUAUUGACAUCGACUAUGAACAUUUUAGGUCGCAUGAUGAGGAAACUUUUGUUGAAUGUAUAGGACGGCUUAUAAUAAUUCUAAAGAAAAACCGGAUCAUCAAAUUUGCUUCUAUCGCCCCCUAUGAAGAUGAAGGACCAGUUCAAAGAAAUUACUUGGCUUUAUGGAAGAAAUAUGGACAUGUUAUUGAUUAUGUGAAUUUCCAGUUUUAUGCUUAUGAUCAGAUUAGUGUUUCACAGUUUGUAAAACACUUUCAUCAUCAACAGGCUUCAAGUUAUAAAGGAAGUCAGCUUUUAGCAAGCUUCAUAAGCAAAGGUAACUUAGGUUUGCCUCCUAAUAAGGGAUUCUUUGAGGCCUGCAAAGAGUUGAAGAGAGAUGGAAAGCUCGGAGGCAUAUUUGUUUGGUGUGCGGACGAAUCCAAAGAGUUCGGUUUUAGAUAUGAAAAAGCUGCGCUGGCCUUAUUGGCAGCAUGA